AUGUUGGUGCUAAUGUACAUUUUAGCUGUUUCUGGAGGUUCAAAUGGAAGAUGCUUAGAGCAUGAGAAGCAAGCUCUUCUUAAGUUCAAGGAAGGACUUAUUGACUAUGGAAACCUUGCUUCAUGGGCAAUUGAAAAAGAUUGCUGCAGGUGGAGAGGUGUUGAGUGUGACAAUCGAGCCGGUCACAUCAUUCGGCUUGAUCUUCAUCCCGUGUUCUCGCAUGCCGACCAUGAUGACUUUACUUGGACUCCCAUGGACGGUGUAAUAAGCUCUUUGUUGCUCGACUUGAGGCACUUGAGUCACUUGGAUCUUAGCCGGAACCAGUUUACGAAAAUUCCAGGCUUCAUUGGUUCACUCAAAGAGUUGCUGGGGAAUCUCUCAAGAUUGCUUUCUCUUGAUGUAAGCAACAACAAUGGUGAUAUGAUUUCUGAUAAUCUCGAAUGGCAUUCUGGUCUUUCUUCUCUAAGAACCUUCAAACUGAGUCGAACAAAUUUAACCAUGGCCGUCAACUGGCUUCACUCGAUUAAAGCCCAUCCUUCUUUAUCAAGCUUAUAUUUGCAGGAUUGCCAAUUCCCUGUGGUUGAUCCUUCAUCUCUGUCUCAUAUUAACUCUUCCAAGUCUCUUGCAGUUCUUCAGCUUAUUGACAGUAUUGUUCAUCCUUCAACAUUUCCUUUGUUGCUCAAUAUGAGUAAUAAGCUGACUGCUCUUCAUCUUUCCAAGAACCAUUUGAAUGGUAUAAUUCCAAUUUCUUUUGCUCACAUGGGUUCUUCAUUGGGGAAUCUCCGCAAAUUAAGAACUUUAUUGUUGAAUGGGAACUAUAUAAAUGAGCCCCUUCCUGUAAUUCUUGAGAAACCGAGUGGUUGUGUCAAGGAUUCCUUGCAGGUUUUGGAUUUGAGUGUAAACCAAAUCAAAGGGUCAUUACCUGAAAUUAUUACAAGAUUUUCAUCAUUGAAGGAACUGUGUCCUGACGAUAACAAGUUGGAUGGAGCAUUGCCAGAUAAUGUUGGGAACUUGUCGUCCCUUGCUGUCUUGAAUCUGGCAAGAAAUAAACUCACAGGAUCAUUGCCUCAAAGUAUUGGACUAAUGUCCGGUCUCAAGGUUUUAGAUGUUUCAUCAAAUUCUUUCAAUGAUUUCACUUCUGAAAUCCACUUUUUGAAGCUAUCCAAAUUGAAGUUCCUCACUUUAUCCUUCAACUCACUAUCUUUGAACUUCAGUUCUGGUUGGAUUCCUCCUUUUCAACUGAAUACUAUUAAUUUGAGAUGUAGUAAGUUAGGUCCAUCAUUCCCAGUUUGGCUUCAAACACAACGGAACUUCUCCCACCUCGAUAUCUCCAAUUCAGAGAUUUCAGACAACAUUCCCAACUGGUUCUGGAGACUACCUUCCAACUUGCUGUUCUUAAAUCUUUCCUUCAACAAUCUAAGCGGGAAAUUUCCAGAUCUUCAUUUAAGAUUCAAUUCCUUUCCUUCGGUGUCUUUAAGCUCGAACAAGUUUCAUGGCUCUAUCCCAAGAUUUCUUUUCAACACAACAGUACUGAAUCUUUCAAAGAACAUGUUUUCAGGAACCCUGUCAACCUUUUGCUCAUUUAUUAAUGACAAUCUCGAUCAUGUCUAUCUUUCAGACAAUCAGCUAUCAGGCAACCUUCCUGAUUGUUGGAUGAAUUUCAAACAACUGGUCGUUCUCAACUUGGAAAGCAAUAGUUUAUCCGGCGUAAUACCAAGCUCUUUUGGCUCGCUGCACAAACUUCAAACGAGUUUGAAGCUAUUAGACCUCGGUGAAAAUCGAUUUUCUGGAAAUAUCCUGUUAUUGAAUCUGUCUCUCAACCAUUUAUCAAGCACAAUUCCAACUUGUUUACAAAAUUUGACUGCAAUGACCAGUGACCAUUCUGCUGCAACUUACACUGGUUAUGCAUCAGUUGUUUGGAAAGUGGUAGAGCAAGAAUACGGGAAAACUCUUGGAUUACUGAAGGUCAUCGAUCUAUCAAGCAAUAACUUGAGUGGAGAAAUUCCUGGAGAAUUAACAAGUCUUGUGGAGUUGAUUACAUUUAAACCUGUCAAGAAACUUGUUGAGUGUUGCUUGAAUCUAUCAAAUAACAACCCGUCUGGAAAAAUCCCAUUGAGCACUCAACUCCAAAGCUUUCUUGUUGAAUCAUAUAUGGGAAAUGUUGGGCUUUGUGGACUUCCACUCAAUGCCAUAUGCCCUGAAGACGAGAAACAGCAAGACGGGGGUGUUGAACACAGCAAUCUAGAUGACGAGAAAUUGUACAAAGGCUCCGGAUUUUACCUUGAAAAUGGCAUUGAUUGCCGCAAAAGUGAAGAGGAGACUGACAAGUUAAGGGACACUCUUACAUUUGCUUUGGGUUUUGUCCAGAAAUGA